AUGGCGUCAAAAAUUGUGGCGAAGUUGAAUCUGAAGCCUCAUCCAGAAGGCGGGUUUUACGCAGAAACGUUCAGAGACACCUCCGUGCAUCUCUCCAGAUCUCAUCUUCCUCCUCAAUAUAAGGUCGAUCGACCGGUCAGCACAAGCAUAUACUUCUUAUUGCCUUCUGGAAGUGUUUCUCACCUACACCGCAUACCUUGUGCCGAAACAUGGCAUUUUUACAUGGGAGAACCUUUAACGAUUGUGGAGCUAAACGAAAAUGAUGGGAGUGUGAAACUGACAUGUCUUGGGCCUGACCCGCUUGCUGAGAAUCAAGUGGUACAGCACGUUGUCCCUCCAAAUGUUUGGUUCGGUGCAUUUCCAACUAAGGAUAUUGACAUCUCAUCUGAAGGUUUAGCAGCCAAACGAGCCACAAGGGACUCUGAACAACAUUUUUCUCUUGUGGGAUGUACCUGUGCGCCUGCAUUCCAGUUUGAUGAUUUCGAGCUGGCAAAGCGUGUUGAGCUCGUUUCUCGUUUUCCAGAAUACGAAUCACUCGUUUCCAUUCUCACCUUUGAUGAGUGA